AUGCUCGUCUCCUUGACAGUCGGCAAGGUAGACGCAGGUGUUGCCGUCCUCCUCACCCAGGAUAAUCGCCUUAUCGAGUUCCCCUCCGUUCUCCUCCCCAACGACAUCUCCAGCGGAAGUAUCGUCGACAUCACCGUUGCGCGCAACCACGCCGCCGAAACCGCCAACGCAACCGCCUUCCAAUCCCUCCAGAAGCGCAUCCUAAACACCUACGGUGUCAAGGCCCCCUCGCCUCCAAUCCUCCGCCUACGAAAUGCAACCCAGACCUCCCUCGUUCUAGAAUGGGACCCAAUCGACCUCGCAACCGCGUCUCUGAAAUCCCUCUCCCUCUACCGCAACGGCUCAAAGGCCGGCUCCAUACCCCGUCCCCUCGACACGCGCAGCACAAAGAUUAGCGGUCUAGCCAUUCAUUCCGAAUAUACCUUCCACCUCGUCCUGCGCACAACCGCCGGCACCUACCAAUCCGAGAAGCUGACAUGUCGGACACACAAGAUGACCGACCUGUCCGGCAUCACCGUGACGCCGGGCGUCCUCGAUCCACACCGCAAGGAGGCACUAGGCGUUGCGCUGGACCGCGUAGGCGGCAAACUGAUCGAUUCCGUUCGCAUUGACACUACCCACUUCGUCUGCACGGAGGGCCGGGGUCCCCUGUGGGAAAAGGCUGUCGAGAUGAAUAUCCCCGUCGUGGUGCCGGAGUGGGUGGAUGCUUGUGAAUCGGAAGGAACAAUUGUUGGCGUGCGCGGUUACUAUCUCAAUGCGGAUCCUAAACUUCGCCAGCUCGGUACGCUUCAUGGCAAUUCUCACCAAAGAACUACUUCCACCAUGUCGAAUGCUACGCUCGCGCAUCGCCCCAGCACGACGCAGCAGCCUACGCUUGCGCCUACACCCACGCAUGAAACUGUACCUGAGCAUGAUUCGUCUACUAUUGAGGAACCCCCUCUGACGCCUUUCCCGGGUGGUGAGACAAGUGCGCCGCCGCAGGCUUUGACACAGGAGGUUGGGUCGGAGGAUGAGGAUGAUUUGCCGCCUCCGCCUCCGCCGCCGAAGGACGAGUCAGAGGAGGAUGAAGAGUCGGUACAGCCAAAUGGGCAACUGAGUGAGGCUGCGCUGGAGAAAGAACUCGAAACAGAUCUUGGAGGAAAGGAUGCAGAGAGCGAUGAGAGUGACAGAAGAGAGAGUACCCUCCCGCAGAACAUGCCGGACGAAGAUGACGAGGUGAACAAGACAAGUCCAAAGGGCAAGGGCAAGGAGGGUGAAGGUGACUUCAAUGAAGUGCCGCUUUAG